GUCUCUAAGCUCUCAAAUACUCGUCUCUCACUAAACCAAAUGUUCGAAUCGCUAAAGAAUCGCCACACUCCUCCACGUUCGGUUCGUCGUCCCAAUUUACCGACUCAGAUGCUCAAUUCAGUCACUCAGCUUAUGAUUGGGAAGUCUUCUCCAAUUUCAUUGUCGCUUAUCAAAUCUACCCAAUUGAAUUGGUCGUCUAACUCAGGAGAUGAGAAUGUUGAGAUUAUCCGUGGACUAAACUCGCCUCUGCUCUGUUGUGCCUCUUUGUCUCUAUCUAGACCCAACGAGUCGAGUCAGUCAGUGGAAGGGAAGGAUAUAGUACAGCAGCAGAAGGGUCACUCGGUGAGUCGAAACGCGGAGGAACGAGUUCUGAUUAGUGAGGUUUUAGUAAGAACCAAGGAUGGUGAGGAACUUGAGAGGAAGGAUUUGGAAAUGGAGGCAUUGGCUGCUUUGAAAGCUUGUAGAGCUAAUUCAGCGUUAACCAUUCGUGAGGUACAAGAGGAUGUGCAUAGGAUUAUAGAAAGCGGGUACUUUUGCUCUUGUACGCCUGUUGCUGUUGAUACACGAGACGGGAUUCGAUUGAUGUUUCAGGUAGAACCAAACCAAGAAUUUCGUGGGUUAGUCUGUGAAAAUGCAAAUGUUCUUCCUUCCAAGUUCAUACAGGAAGCUUUCCGAGAUGGAUUUGGGAAAGUGAUUAAUAUUAAGAGACUGGAGGAAGCUAUUACAUCCAUCAAUGGUUGGUACAUGGAGCGUGGUCUUUUCGGAAUUGUUUCAGAUAUUGACACGCUUUCUGGAGGUAUAGUAAGGCUUCAAGUUGCUGAAGCAGAGGUUAACAACAUAUCCAUCCGAUUCCUUGAUCGUAAGACUGGGGAACCAACUAAAGGGAAGACUAGCCCCGAGACAAUACUACGGCAACUCACAACAAAGAAGGGACAGGUCUACAGCAUGCUUCAAGGGAAGAGGGAUGUAGACACUGUGCUAGCCAUGGGAAUCAUGGAAGAUGUUAGUAUUAUUCCUCAACCGGCAGGAGAUACUGGGAAGGUUGAUUUGAUCAUGAACUGUGUCGAGCGUCCCAGUGGAGGCUUCUCUGCUGGUGGUGGGAUAUCUAGUGGGAUCACAAGUGGCCCCCUAUCAGGACUAAUUGGAAGCUUCGCUUAUUCCCACCGCAAUCUGUUUGGAAGAAACCAGAAGCUUAAUGUUUCCCUAGAGAGGGGUCAAAUUGACUCUAUAUUUCGUAUAAACUACACUGAUCCAUGGAUUGAAGGAGAUGACAAGAGGACAUCCAGAUCUAUUAUGGUUCAGAAUUCAAGAACACCGGGGAAUCUUGUUCACGGCAAUCAACCAGACAAUAGUAGUCUCACAAUUGGUCGGGUUACAGCAGGUAUUGAAUACAGUCGUCCAUUCAGGCCUAAGUGGAGUGGUACUGCUGGACUUAUAUUUCAGCAUGCUGGUGCUCGUGAUGAACAAGGAAACCCUAUCAUUAAGGACUUCUACAGUAGCCCUCUAACCGCAAGUGGUAAGACCCAUGAUGAGACCUUGCUAGCAAAACUUGAAAGCAUUUAUACUGGCUCAGGUGACCGAGGAUCAACAAUGUUUGCGUUUAACAUGGAACAAGGGCUUCCUGUUUUACCCGAAUGGUUAUGUUUCAAUCGAGUGACUGGACGUGCCAGAAAAGGCAUACACAUUGGACCAGCUCGUUUUCUUUUUAGUCUGUCUGGUGGACAUGUGGUGGGAAACUUUUCACCUCAUGAAGCAUUCGUCAUCGGUGGAACAAACAGCGUAAGAGGUUACGAAGAGGGCGCUGUAGGAUCUGGUCGGUCAUAUGUAGUUGGUUCGGGGGAGAUGUCUUUCCCAGUGAGAGGACCGGUCGAAGGCGUUAUUUUUACAGAUUAUGGCACUGAUCUGGGAUCAGGAUCCACCGUCCCAGGUGAUCCUGCUGGGGCAAGACUGAAGCCCGGAAGUGGUUAUGGGUAUGGUUUAGGGGUGCGUGUUGAUUCCCCGUUGGGGCCGCUACGCCUUGAAUAUGCCUUCAACGAUCAACACGCGGGAAGGUUUCACUUUGGGGUUGGUCUGCGGAACUAAAAUUUCUUGUUUCAUUUUUAGAUUCUAAAAGUGUUUUUGUCGGCCUUUGUCGUACAUUGAUCUAGAUGAUGUUUGUUUAUUUUGAUCAUUUAUAUCAUCUUAUUUAAUUAACUCACUGUUUUGUG